GAGAAUGGAAGGCGAUGAGAAGGUGAAAGAAGAGGCUCUGCAGAUAAUCGCACUCCACAGAGACCUGCCUCGUCUCAUCGUCUUCGAUCUCGAUUACACUCUAUGGCCUUUCAACUGUCAUUGCUGCAAUGAAGAUAAAAUGCCUUCAUUGUUUCCACAGGCUACCGGAAUAUUAUACGCUCUUAAGGACAAAGGAAUUGAUAUGGUUAUUGCUUCUAGAUCACCAACUCCUGAGAUAGCAACAACAUUUCUUGACAGAUUGGGAAUCCGAUCCAUGUUUGUGGCUGAGGAGAUUUUCUUCAGUAGGACACACAAAACAGAGCAUUUCCAAAGAAUUCAUAGGAGGACUGGGACACGAUUUGAUUCAAUGCUUUUCUUUGAUGAUGAGGACAGUAAUAUUGAAGUGGUCUCGAAAAUGGGUGUGACAAUCAUUUUUGGUACACAAUGGGGUAACCCUUCAAGCUUUGAAGCAGGGACUCUCCGACUUCUCUCAGAAGCCAAGUUCAUCUAGCAGGAACUGUUGAAAAUUAUUUUUUCCUUCCAAGUAGGAAUAUGAUACAACGUCUUGGAAUUUGUUCAAGUGUGGCAAUAAGAACUUUUCACUUUUUGGUUGAUUAAUACUAUCAACUUGAUUGUAUCAGAUAAAUUUUCUAGGUUGCUUGUGGGGAUUCUUCUUAUUACAGUUCUCAUGUCAUGUAUUCUUGUCUCUUAAUCUUGUUUUACAAUAAAGAACAUAUGUUGACAAAUCUAGAUCAGUGAUAAUGAAGACUUGGUC